GCCACCUGUCGUGCCCAAUGCGGACCGGUCCCAGGGGCCUCUCCUCCGCCCACCUCCCCGCUACGGGUUGGUUCAGGGGACGUCCGAACUGCAGAUAUAAAUGGGGUAUUCGUAAGCAUGUAACUGACUGGCAUUGAAAGCUGCGAGAUUGACUUCGAGUUGAGAGGGAGCGAGUGCAAGGAGAGAAGAGAUCCGAGGAUUGAGGCCUCCGAGACUCCGUCGUUAAGAGAUCAGAACCGUGCAAAGGAGAAUGAAAGGAGACGUCAGCGAGGGAAGAGGAAGACCUGAAUAACGUGAUAGCCUAGAGGCAGGCGAUGACAGAAUUUCAAGGAGCAGGGAUUGGGAAACUCUGCUGAAAGUUGACAGAUGGUUCCUUUAUCAGCUUCAGGCCAAGUUCGAGGUUACUAUGUAGACUGGAGAAUGUUGCGUGAUGUGAAGAGACGAAAAAUGGCCUAUGAGUAUGCAGAUGAGAGGCUACGGAUCAAUUCGCUCAGGAAGAAUACCAUUUUGCCCAAAGAUCUUCAGGAUGUGGCCGAUGAAGAAAUCGCUGCCUUUCCCCGGGAUAGCUGUCCUGUUAGAAUCAGAAAUCGGUGUGUUAUGACUUCCCGCCCACGUGGUGUAAAGCGGCGCUGGAGGCUUAGUCGUAUUGUCUUCCGUCAUUUAGCCGACCAUGGGCAACUUUCUGGGGUCCAGCGAGCAAUGUGGUAAAUUAAAUCCAGAACCUACUGAACCUGCCACUUCUGGCAAGAAACUUUCCUAACACACAAAACUCUGGUUUUUGUAGGAGCUCAGUAUAAUUGUCUAGUCUACCUGAUGCUGUCUAUGGUUAAAUUACUUCUAAAUUUUAAAUGAAGAAAUUUGGAUGUUUCAUUCUGUCAGUGAAUUAUCUUUUCUCUUGGAUUUAAUAAACAUACUGUUCCCGUUACAUGGUGUAAAGAGUAGAGUAAUAAAAUUCUUUUUCUGUGAGAA